AUGGAUCAAGAAAUUCCCGACACCAGCGCUGGUGUUACCUUCAAAAACACUAGCUUGGGGCCUAAAAUAGGCGUUCAAGCGGGAUCAAUAAACGUUCAGGGGGAUAUGAAGUUUGAUGGUAUUGAUAGCGCCCAGUUGCAAAGCGAAAGCCAAAAAAACAAACUCUUAAGCGCGCUAUACAAACUCGUCGAGAAAAAUCGAAAAGAUCGAAAUCCGGAUCGAGUUGAGGGAACGUGCGAAUGGUUCACGAACCACCGAAAGUUUCGGAAUUGGAGGGCGCCCGCACCAUCACGCCUGGGCGAUAUACCAUUCAAAAAGAUACUUUGGGUGUCAGCCGACCCCGGAAGUGGUAAAUCGGUUCUUGCAAAAUAUUUGGUUGACUCCGUGGUCCCUUCAACCAAGUCGACAACGACAUGCUACUUUUUCUUCAAAGAUGACUUUGAAGGGCAGGGGAGUGCUGUUACCGCACUAUGCUGUAUCCUCUUUCAGAUUUUCGACAGAAAACCUUCACUGCUGUCGCAAGAGAUUCUUCGGCGGUUCGAAAUAGCAGGUGAAGGGUUCUGUAGCUCCCUCAACGAACUUUGGAGCACGCUCUUGAUUGUUGCCACAAAGGAGAGCACAACGGCUGACGGCGAGAUUAUUUGCAUUCUCGACGCACUUGAUGAAUGCAAAAAGGAGGAGGGCUCCUGGCUUAUGAAAAAACUUCACGAGCUAUACUUUGGAAGAAAAAGUGCCGACCUCAGGCUAAGAUUUCUGAUAACUAGCCGUCCAACCCGUGAUAUCCGGCAUGGAUUUCGCCCUAUGGAACAGGCAAGAUUCCCUCUCAUUCAUCUGAGUGGAGAAAAUGAAGCAGAGAUGAAAAUGAUUUCUAAGGAGAUCGAAAUUUUUAUUGAAGCUAGAGUUAACGAAGUUGGUGACAAAUUGUUCUUAACGAAGGCAGAAAGAACGAUUUUGCUAAAUGAACUUACAGCUGUUCCGAAUAGAACAUACCUCUGGGUUUACCUCACCCUCAAUUUGAUUGAAAACGAUACGGAGACAAAUAUUCACAUAGACGAACGAAAAAUGAUUAAAGUGAUUUCAACUAUCCCGAGGACCGUCAACGAGGCUUAUGAAAAAAUCCUAUCGAGGAGUUGCAAUCCAGAGCAAGCAAGGAUCCUGCUAAGGAUUUUAGUCGCCGCGGAACGACCCCUUACCCUUCCCGAAAUGAGUCUUGCGCUCCAGUUGAAUCUUAAAAAUGGCCAUAAGUUGAAUUCUUACGACCAACUUCAAAAACAUCCAGAAGAGCGAAUUCGCCACGAUAUCAGAGAUCUAUGUGGUCUCUUUAUCGUCGUUCUGGAGUCGGCUGUCUAUCUAAUUCAUCAAACCGCGAAAGAGUUCUUGGUCAUCAGCCAAGGGGGGGGCUCUAGUACAACUGUUCCAAGCGAAAGUUCGAUUGAGUGGGGACAAUCGCUUCAUAUGCCGGAUUGCCAUCAAAUUUUAUUUAACACCUGUAUUCAACAUCUCCUCUUUUCCGACUUCAAAACCCAUACCAGUGAAAGACACCGCUCACUAGCGGCCCGACCACUAGAAUACGCCACAGAACUCCUCCAGACGUGCGAAUUUCUUUCGUACUCGGCAAACCAUUGGACGACGCACCUUGAAAAAGGUCAGAUUAAACUGGACGGAGAAAACGUGCUAGAUCUCAUGAAAAUUUGCGAUGUAAAUUCAACGUGGUUCAAAAUUUGGUUCGCCGUAUACUGGAACACUACAGGUGCAGAAUACCCCGAUGGCAUGACCACGCUCAUGGUAGCAUCAUAUUUCGGGCUGCAAGACGUUGUCAAACUCCUCCUCGAAUCGUCUUCAGGCCGUAACGUAGAUCGCAAUAUCGAUAGGCACGCGAUCGAUAACACACAUGGCCGGUCUGCAUUAUCUUGGGCUGCGGGGAACGGCCGCGAGGGAGUUGUUGCAGAACUUUUAGGGAGCCAUAGCUGGUUUAAGUGGAUUCGGAUUUGGCCUCGUACCCAGACCGAGUGGAUUCCUUUUUUUGGUUCCAGGCCGACGGACGUGGGUUUGAAUUCUCAGGAUCGAUACCAGCGGACGCCGCUGGUUUAUGCAGUGUGGACCGGAAACACCGGCGUCAUCAAGCUGCUACUCGAAGCAGGAGCUGCAGCUGACUUGAGCGAUGAUAUUGGAGGGACUCCACUAUCUUACGCUAUCUGUAGCGGGCGCAACGACGUUCUGAAACUUUUAAGGGAGAGUGGCGGGAUCGGGUCGAAGGAUAAAAUAAGCGCGAAGUUGCUUCUGUCAGCUGCUGAGAAUGGACGUUACGACGCUGUCCGUCAGCUGCUGGAAAUCGGCAAGAUUGACCCUGAUCAACGUGGGAAAGAAGACGAGACACCAUUGAUGAAAGCCAUAGUCGGAGACCACCACGAAGUAGCUCGGCUACUUAUAACCUACGGCGCAGAUAUAGAAGCAAAAGACCCAUUCGGCAGGACACCAUUAAUCUCAGCUGUGAUGUUCAGCUCCACUGAAAUGGUGAAGUUACUGUUAGAGGGUCGGGCGAAUAUGGAGGCCGUCGACAUAAGGGGCGAGACGCCAUUAAUGAAGGCCACAGCUAAAAAGGAUUAUCAAAUGCUCCAACUCCUGCUGGUCAACGGCAGAAAUAUUGGGGCAAAGGACCGAAAUAUGUCUCUUCUACAGGCUAUGAAUGAUGAAUAUUGGGCGGGGGCCGAAAUCCUAAGGCGCUACGGCGCAAGAGUCGAGUCAAAGGAUCUGUCUAUAAAUAGAUCGCUUAUCACGGCCGGACUUCAAGGUAACCUGGAUCAGGUCCUAAUUCUGAUACGGAAUGGUGCGGCUGUAGACACAACUGAUAGAGCAGGGAAUACACUACUUAUCCAUGCCGCCAUUGAAAAUGAUCUAGAGCUAGCUCGCAUUCUAGUGAACAAUGGCGCGGCUUUGGAUGCGAGGGAUUCAACAGGAAAUACGGCACUUAUCUAUGCUACGACCGAUUACAGUGGGAAAAUGAUUGAACUACUGUUGAGUGCGAGGGCUAAUAUCGACGCAGCCAAUUUGAACGGCCAUACAGCACUAUCUUAUAUCUUGGAAGCGCAUCCCUCUGAUCCUGCCAUCCGGAAAGAGAAGUUAAAAAUCUUUAGAUUAUUGCUACGAGAGGGCGCAAACAUGGAGGUAGUCGACAAGGAUGGCCUCACACCAUUACUCUGGGCAACCGAAAACUACGACCUGGUGCCGGAAUACAUCAACGUACUUGUCAACAGGGGCGCAAAUAUCAAAACGAGAUUAGUCAAUGGAACCCCGUAUUCAUUGCUAUACAAGGCUAUAGCAGCAGGUCUGGGGUGGCUGGUCGAUCUCCUCCUGGAUAAAGGCGCUGAUAUAGAAGAGCGCGGGCAAUUUGGCCCGACGCCGUUGUUUGGUGCCGUGCGGCUGAUCAAGCCCACGAUUGCGCGAACGCUCCUUUAUAGAGGAGCUCUUACGGAGAUAAAAGGUUCAAAUGGCCGAACACUUUCAUUAUCGUUUGACGCGGCAUUCGUAGAGGGGAUUCGACAUCUGGAUUCGACGCAAAUCCAGUACGAUGAUCCGGAGUGGUUUGAAGAGUUUUAUACCAUUCGUGAAAAAGAGAUGCCCGGAGGUGCAUCGGUUAUCCUAUCAGCUGACGAAAUCAACGUAUCUAACUACCUCUGUAGUCGGAAUGAGAAACGAUGCGGCCAUCGAUGGCACCACAGCUAG